GAAACUAUGGUGAAAGUGGAAUGGAAGCUUUCAAAGAUAUGGCAGCAAAGGAAGGGAUCUGCAUUGCACAUUCGUACAAGAUCUACAGCAAUGCUGGUGAACAGAGCUUUGACAAGCUGCUGCGAAAACUUCGGAGCCACCUGCCCAAGGCAAGAGUGGUUGCCUGCUUCUGUGAGGGCAUGACUGUGAGAGGGCUCUUAAUGGCUAUGAGGCGCCUGGGACUUGCUGGAGAAUUUUUGCUGCUGGGCAGUGAUGGCUGGGCAGACAGGUAUGAUGUGACAGACGGGUAUCAGCGUGAAGCUGUAGGUGGCAUAACGAUCAAGCUCCAGUCUCCUGAUGUGAAAUGGUUUGAUGAUUACUACCUACAGCUUCGGCCAGAAACCAAUCACCGAAACCCAUGGUUUCAGGAAUUUUGGCAGCACAGGUUCCAGUGCCGGUUGGAGGGAUUUCCUCAGGAGAACCCCAAAUACAACAAGACUUGCACAAGCCAGAUGACUCUGAGGACGCAGCACGUUCAGGACUCCAAAAUGGGCUUUGUGAUCAAUGCCAUAUACUCGAUGGCAUACGGCCUCCACAACAUGCAGAUGUCUCUGUGCCCGGGUUACGUGGGCCUCUGUGAUGCCAUGAGACCCAUAGAUGGUCGGAAGCUCCUGGAAUCCCUCAUGAAGACCAACUUUACUGGGGUUUCUGGGGACAUGAUCUUGUUUGAUGAGAACGGCGACUCACCAGGAAGAUAUGAAAUAAUGAAUUUUAAGAAAAUGGGGAAGGACUACUUUGAUUAUAUCAAUGUUGGCAGUUGGGACAAUGGUGAGCUGAAAAUGGACGAUGAUGAAAUAUGGUCAGAGAAAAAUAAUAUCAUCAGAUCUGUGUGCAGUGAACCCUGUGAAAAAGGCCAGAUAAAGGUGAUUCGCAAAGGAGAAGUGAGUUGCUGUUGGACCUGUACUCCUUGUAAAGAGAAUGAAUAUGUAUUUGAUGAAUACACAUGCAAAGCCUGCCAGCUUGGCUCCUGGCCCAAUGAUGACCUCACAG